CUUUGUAUCUACUAAUACAUUCAGAAUUGUUAACAUGGAAGUGGACAAAUGAGAACAGAAUUGCAGUGUAAAAUGUCAUGUCAAAAUGCUUUCACUUUUCCCUCUUUGGAAAUGUCACUGAAGCCGAGUCAUCAAUGUGAAGCUCCACAUAAACCUCAACACUAGAGCAAAAUGUAAACCAACACGUAUGUGUUUAUGUUAAUUCCAGUUUCAUCAUGUCGCCAUUGAGUGAUAUAGAGUGGGAGAAAAAAAAAGGAAAUUACGCAACCUUCAAUGUGCACUCAGUUUACAGUUAGGUGUCAACAGUCUGCUUUACUAUGAGGGAAAUCCCUGUCUUUUGGACUGGGUAUAAAAUACUUAAGGACCUGUGCGUUUGGUCAGUCACUUCAAAACAUCUGAGACAACAGUCUGAUCCGAGAUGCAGCUCUUCAACCUCCGUGAGUAUUAUCUACACUGACCAUAUCUACAUUAUGCAACAAAGCGGUUGAGACUUUACAGUGUGACCUGCAUCUGUCUGUCAUUGUCCAGACUUCAGUCCUGCUCUGCUGCUGCUCCUCUGUCCCCUGUGGGACGUCAGCCAGUCUCUGCCAGUUACUGGGAAAGGACCGAUGACGGACUCCUGUGUUUUCUAUGCAAAAACACUUCUAUCGAACAUCACAGAUGUACUGACACAGAAUCAACUGUUCACUGGAAUCGACUGCACAAAGCAGAAUGUGGAGCUGAACAUGAACACUAAUACAGCAUCCGUCUGUGCACCAGGGGAUUCCACCUGCUCUGGUUUCACUCCAUCACAGUUCAGUCAGGAGUUGUGCCUGACAAACAUUGGAGAAGAUCUACGUUACUACUACCAGUUUCUUGCUGCUCAGCCGGACCCUGACAGUUUCCUUGGUCCCACUGUUCUGUUGAGCCUCAAAGAACUGAUGGAGAACUGUUUCUCAUGGUCAUUGCCUGCAGACUCAGCCUUAAAAAAGGCUUCUGCAGAUCACCCGAGCACCUACGAUGAAAGACUGAGUCUGUGUAAAGUACUGAAGGGUUUUCAUGUCAGAACCAUCACAAUCAACAGAGCCAUAGGAUUCAUCCACUCCGGUGAAGACACUAAUUAAAAUCUAAAUUGAGAGAUCAGCAGGUUUCAGAAAGCCAUGAGGAAACAUGAAACACAUUUGUUCCUGAUUAGCCUUCAAGUAAUGGCAAAUAACACUUUAUUGUAUUUUUUAUUUUUUUUUUACCUUUUGUUUGAUAACAUUGGCCAUUUUGUGCCAUAUGAGUUAUUUUUUAACAUUUAAAUGAUAUAUUUGAGUACUUACAUUUCUCAAAGAAAGUGUAUUUACAUAUUAUAUUUAUUUCUAUUUAUUUA